CUCAGGACAUGACAAUGACACUGAGACACUCUCAGAGCCUUUGACAGGUGGCAGUGCCCGCAUGACUCAGUUCUUCCGGGGAAACCUGGCUGGACUCAUGAUCCGCUCUGGAAAACUGGAGAACAAGAAGGUGAUCGACUGCCUGUACACCUGCAAGGAGGGGCUCGACGUGCAGCUUCCAGAAGAAGUGGCCUCUGCUGUCAAGGUGGAGUUUAACCCUAACCAGUCAUCUCUGAGUCUAGAGGGAGACGACAUUGAGAGCUUUGAGAAGGUCAUGCAGCACAUCUCCUACCUGAACUCCAGACAGUUCCCCACUCCAGGAAUACGCCAUCUCCGUGUCUCCACCACCGUCAAAUGCUUCAACGAGGAGACGUGUAUCUCGGUGCCGGACUCUGAAGGCUAUGUGAUGGUUCUCCAGCCAGAGGAGCCAAAGAUCAGCCUGAGUGGAAUUGAUCAUUUUGCCCGUGGAGCAGCUGAAUUUGAGAGCGUGGAGGGCGUCACGCUGUUCCCCGAGCUGCGCAUCGUCAGCACCAUCACACGAGAGGUGGAGGUGGAGGCCGAGACUGAGGCUGAAGGAGAGGAUGAUCCCACAGUACAAGAGACGGUGGUUGUCUGA